CAUAUCUGAAGUCAGGAAGGAGUGAUUGUUCGGAGUCACCCAGGAGCGGUGUGUUACUUUCUCCUCCGAGCCACGCAUACAGUGCACGCGAGACAGAGAGGUGGAGGGAUGCAUGCAAAACCAAGGGCGGAGAGGUGGCCAGCCGGCCCGUCUGGAGUGGAAACGCACUCCCGCCCUGUACCUGGGCGCAGUUUUGCAGGGACUCAGUCGCCCUGCUGCUCCUUCUGCACCGAGGCCCGGCUAGCCUUUCUCCUGCUAAACUUUCAUCGAGCACCUUCCAGGUGCCAGGCAUUGUAAUAGGGAUGCGGGAUACAGACAUGUGUUCAGCCAGCGUGUAUUGAGCGCCCACGGAGUGCCAGACACUGGUAAUAGGAGCCCUACCCUCGGGGAAUUUACAGUCUAGAGGAAGAGACCGUUCAGCCAAAGAAUAUCGCCACGAUCCUUGCCCCUGAGGAACUGAGAUGCUUUUUACUCUUUUGGCUCGUCCUUCUCCAUGUUGACAGCACGUAUCAUUUCAACCCUUCUAUCACCAAGGCUGUGUGUGACUCAACUACCAUCUCCCCUGCACUUCCCACUCUUUCCCCCAGUCUUAGCACCAAGCACUAACGUGUCCUGGUAAUAAUACCGUUUCAUCCUGUUUGCUUAGCGUUUUUCUUUCUAGAACCUUUUCCCCUUCCCAGUCCCUACAUUUUGCUGGCUUGGUGGACCUCUGAUGUUACAGCUCUUGAAGAGCCUGAUCUAUAUUCGAUAUUUUCAAAUAUGUAGUAAUGUUCAUGUUUUGAAGCCAAAUUAUGUGUGUUUCUUCGGUUGUCCUUCGUUCAAGUAUAGCCAUCCACAUCACCUAUUGAAAACAGCUGCUGCUUUACAUGGACAAGUUGUUCAGUUCAAACUCUCGGACAUUGGAGAAGGGAUUAGAGAAGUAACUAUUAAAGAGUGGUAUGUAAAAGAAGGAGAUACAGUGUCUCAGUUUGAUAGCAUCUGUGAAGUACAAAGUGAUAAAGCUUCCGUGACCAUCACUAGUCGUUAUGAUGGAGUCAUUAAAAAGCUCUAUUAUAAUCUAGAUGAUAUUGCCUAUGUGGGGAAGCCAUUAGUAGACAUAGAAACAGAAGCUUUGAAAGAUUCAGAAGAAGAUGUUGUGGAAACUCCUGCUGUGUCCCAUGAAGAACACACGCACCAAGAGAUCAAGGGCCAGAAAACACUGGCAACUCCUGCAGUUCGCCGCCUUGCAAUGGAAAACAACAUUAAACUGAGUGAAGUUGUUGGCACAGGAAAAGAUGGCAGAAUUCUUAAAGAAGAUAUUCUCAACUAUUUGGAAAAGCAGACAGGAGCUAUAUUACCUCCUUCACCAAAAGCUGAAAUUGUGCCACCUCCACCAAAACCAAAAGACAUGACUAUUCCCAUAACUUUAUCCAAAUCUCCGGUAUUCACAGGCAAAGACAAAACAGAACCCAUAAAAGGCUUUCAAAAAGCAAUGGUCAAGACAAUGUCUGCAGCCCUGAAGAUACCUCACUUUGGAUAUUGUGAUGAGGUCAACCUUACUGCGCUGGUUAAGCUACGAGAAGAAUUAAGACCCAUUGCUUUAGCUCGUGGAGUUAAACUCACCUUUUUGCCCUUCUUCCUAAAGGCUGCAUCCUUGGGAUUACUACAGUUUCCCAUCCUUAAUGCUUCUGUGGAUGAAAACUGCCAGAAUAUAACAUAUAAGGCUUCUCAUAACAUUGGGAUAGCAAUGGAUACUGAGCAGGGUUUGAUUGUCCCUAAUGUGAAAAACGUUCAGGUCUGCUCUAUAUUCGAGAUCGCCACUGAAUUGGAUCGCCUCCAGAAACUGGGCUCUGCAGGUCAGCUCAGCACUGCCGAUCUUACAGGAGGGACGUUUACUCUAUCCAACAUUGGAUCGAUUGGUGGUACCUAUGCCAAAGCACUGAUAUUGCCACCUGAAGUAGCCAUUGGAGCCUUUGGAUCAAUUAAGGCCGUUCCCCGAUUUAACCAGAAAGGCGAGGUGUAUAAGGCACAGAUAAUGAAUGUGAGCUGGUCAGCUGAUCACAGAGUUAUUGAUGGUGCUACAAUGUCACGCUUCUCUAAUUUGUGGAAAUCCUACUUAGAAAAUCCAGCUCUGAUGCUGCUAAAUCUGAAAUGAAGACUGUUAAGACAUUUUUGAACUUUCUGAAUGUCCAAAGAGUUUGUAAAGCCUCCCUGUGCCAGCACGUGUUUAUCUUUCUUAUUUGUAAUAUAAAUUAUUUGUAUUCUAUGAUUAAGGUUCUAAGGCACAAUAUUUAUCAUGGUUCUAUUAGAUUUUUUACUGACAAUGAAUAAUGGUGUAAUGGUUCUUCUUCUGUAAUGUGACUUCUUAAUAUGGUGGUGCUGUGGUCGUGUGUCAAUGGAUUGAAAAUGGCAACAAUAACAAAAUUAGUGUUACAAAGGGACAGGCAGCCACAAAUAUACAGUAUUUGCCUAUUUUUUUUUAGCUGACUCAAUAAAAUGUUUCAAUUCUACUUAAUUGGGAAAAGGAAUUUAUAUACAAAAAAUAUUUUCCAUUUCCCUACAAUCAUGCUAAUUGUAUAAAAUAAGUGCAAUUAUAUUUACUUUUUAAAAAGACAUCCAGGUAUAGGCUGGCAAUUGUAGCUCAGAGGGUAGGUCGCCGGCCACAUACACCGAGGCUGGCGGGUUCAAACCCAGCUCAGGCCAGCUAAACAACAAUGACAACUGCAACAAGAACAAAAAAUGUAGCCGGGCCUUGUGGCAGGUGCCUGUAGUCUCAGCUACUUGGGAGGCUGAGGCAAGAGACUCGCUUAAGCCCAAAGGGUUUGAGGUUGCUAUGAGCUGUGACAAUACAGCACUCUACAGAGGGCAAAAAAGUGAGAUUCUGUCUCAAAAAAAGACAAAAAGAAAAAAAAAGGUAUCCAGGUAUAUAUUCUUGCUCUGUAUAGAGAAUAUUAAGUGUUUUAUUGGUGUAAAUUAACAUGUUUUAAAAGGGGAAACUAUAACCUAGUCUUAAAAAUUCUCAAUUAUAGUUUUAUAACAGUCUAUUGAAAGUGUUUAUUUAAAAUACUGUAGAUACACUUUUAGAAUUGUGGAAAUAAUUCAAUUUUUUGUUGGGAAAGAGCUUCACCUUUGCAAACUUCCAUCAUGUAAGGAAACAAUUUUAACUGUAGCAAGCUGACAUUUUUUAUAUUCAGAAGUCUGCUCCCUUUUAACUUUCUUGGGCUUCAGCUAAAAAAUAGGAUAAAAUAAGAAAUGAAGGUCUAUUCUAUUCUCCAUAUGCUAAAUGUGAAUAAGAGGAGAUAGGAGCCUUAAUAGGUAAUGAUGUACAUAAAAAUAAAAUAAUAAAUUUUAUAUAUCAGUGAUUUCAUAAUGAUCAUUAUGUUAAAUGUCCACUUAAUCAGAAAUAACAUCAACAUGAAUAUAAUACAACAUUUUAAUUUGCAUUCAGAAAUUCAGGUUGUUGCUAAUAUUGUUCAAAUACUGUAUGCCAAAAUUAGUUGUUCAAGUGAAGUUUUGUGAUGGGAAAAAAGAUCUUUUUAAUGUCUAGAUUUUUCUCAAACUGGAAAUAAAUGUUUAAGUCAGAAAAUAAUAAAUGCUAUUAUUUUAAAAAUUCAGGUAAUACAGAGUUAUCAAGACAGUAAUCAUUCAUAACCUAUCACUACCGAUAUUUUUAUGUAUGUAUCUGUAGCCAUGAUUAUUCAUGGGAUCAUUUAGCAUUAUAUCAUGGAUAAUUUUCUGUGUCAAUAAACAAUUCCACACUGUUAUGCUUUUAAAUGGCUGCAUAGUAUUCCAUUUUGUGUCUUUAUUGUACACUCAAAUAAAUAGUAAACACCUACUCCA